AUGGAAUCGAUCAUGCUCAUUAUGAUUCUGCCCGCCAGCGUCAUGCUGGAGAAGGAAGUGUUUCAUCUCGACCGUCCUCCCAUCGGGCGACAUCAGACACCUCGAGUCCUGACUCACAUACUAUCUCAUCUUCCACCAUCCUCCCUCGCAAAUGUAUCGUUGGUUUCGAAACGCUUUCAUCAACUUGUGACUACGCCACACGCGUGGAGAUCAGCAUUUUCGCGUUUCUUUCCCGGCUCUGAUUCUUUGAACAGCCUUGACUCGGGCUCUGAACAUACCGCUGGGAGUGAUGCUUUGGCUUCAGAGAAACGCGUCUUCACUCGGCUUACACCCACAGCUACUUGGCGGAGCGAAUACAUUUUACGGACGCGCUUGCUUAGAUCGUUGGGCAGGGGCAAGCCAGCUGAAGGAACCACUUCCCGUGGGCCCGGAAGCUCUUCCUCCGCAGGAAGCAAUAAUCUGAAUGCGCAAGUCACUUACAGCUCAAACCUUGUCUGCCCUGUCAACCACCUGCAUGGAGUCUUCGACCUGGGUCUGAACAAGAAUUAUCCACGUUUCAUUCAUGGCGCAGAUGAGCUCGGAAUUGCAUCUAGAAGUGAAGCAUUUACAACGAAAGUUGAUAGUUGGGGCUUUCAGGAUAACUCGGCUUUUCGACAAUUCUCUGAUAUCUUCCCUGGUGACGCGGAGUUUGGCCUUGGUCCUGGAGAUGUCGUGGGCAAUCCUAAUGUUAUGGACGUUAGCCAGCCGUAUGGUAUGAUAUACGGAGAAGGUCAUGGACACGAAAGCGUUCUCUGGUUCAGACACGCUGAUGAGAAGCGUGGGCGUCCUUUGCUUUGGUCAACGUCGUUGCGCCAGCCGGAGAAAGGUAUUCCCCAACUUGCAACCCAUCAUGAUGCAUACUGCUCAGUGUGGAUAGCCAAUUCCCCGAAUGUGCCAGAUGUUUCUGAAGGUUUAGUGGGAAUGCUAGCUGGCUCAUCUACAGGCGUGCUUACCGCCUACUCACUUGGGACUAAUGCCGCUAGAGAUGUGAGGUUUGAGCGAGGAGAGAUUACUGCUCGGUGGAUCCUCAGUCCUGGCGUGCCCAUCGUCGGGAUUGCCGUCGAUGAACAAUAUAGUACUAAGCGAAUGUCCUCUCGAAAAGUGUGGGCAGUAGCCCUAAACGCGCUGGGCGAGGCGUUCUAUCUCACGGAGUUGCCUCUGCAGCCUUACGAUUGUCAUCUUUCCAUCGCCAACCGCGCCUCAUCUAGAGCGCAGCAAGCACUGGAAGGUUUGGCGUGGGCUACAGGGCGAUCCGUACAAUGGAACAUGGUUGAAUCCACGCGACGUACUGCAAAGAUUGAUCCUUAUGCAAGAUCAGAUGCUGACGGUAGCUACUCUCCUCGUUCCUCAUCUAACGAAACAUGUCUAAGCCUGGAGCAAAUUGUAGCUGAGACAAGCGAGAUCGAAGGCUUUCUGCAGAGGAAGCCGAAAGACUUCCGAAAAGCCUGCUAUGGCUGGGAUAUGCGUCGCCGACUGGAAGUCGACUUCGCAAGUAGUGAACAACAUGACGCUGGCGAAUCAAUUGUGACUAUCUGCUGUGGGCUGGAUGAAGAUAUGCCUGCACAAAUCAAAAGAUACACCCGUUGUAAAGUUAAGGAUGCUCCAGCGAAACCCCUAGGGCUCAGGGCAUCGACAGCCUCGACUGUUGUCAUCGAUCAAAAUCUGCAAAGCGAAUCAAUCUUUGGUAGUUGUGAGCGGCCUUCGGAAACUCAAAGAACAAAAGAAGAAACAUUUUUCGAAGAAUGGCGAGCCUCGGAACUUUCUUUUGGGGGCCUUCGAACGCCUCAAAUCACGGCCACUACGAUAGACAGCUCCGCUCAUGCGCGCAUUACAACAUUAGAAGACCCCCUUCUCUCGGAUAGCUCGCCUUCGGCAAAAUCAUUUGAGCGCGACCACACAGCAUACUCCGCCGCAACCGAUGUUCCAGGUUGCCGAGCUCGAAUGAUGGCAAUAGGAACCAAAACUGGCACAGUCCUCGUCUACAAUUUGCGAGAUGUGGUGGCGAGCAAUACAGUUGUGGAGAAUACCCUCAAGCCCGUUCGCAUUAUCUACACAGACUCGCCCCAAGUAUCGUGCCUUGCUCUCUCCGCGCUUUACCUCGUGCAUGGUGGCAAUGAUGGGCUUGUUCAAGCUUGGGAUCCGCUUGCAUCAUCAACGGAUCCAAUACGAACUUUGAACUCAAGGUUCUCCUCGAGGGCUCGCCGCCGGCUCAUCCAAGCUGAAGCAUCCAGUGCUGGAGUAGGCUUGAACCUGUUCGCUGCAAGCGCGGUGUGUCUCGACCCGGACCCGACAAUCCUACGAGGCAUGGUCUCCCUCGGCUCACAUCUACGCUAUUGGAGUUACAAAUCAGACAGCACAGAUCAGUAUAAGGGUAAUAAGCGUCGAGCACGUCGAUCUGAACGGGGUAGCAAUCAUGGUCCAGAUCGCUUUUCUGGGGUAGGCCGUGGUGCCCUAAAGGAUUACAUUGCCAACGAAAAAUUAGAGCUCGAACAUGAGAAGCGAAGCAAGAUUAAAGAAGAAGAGAAGCUUUCGGGACGAUUUGGUGUUGAUUUGCUUGGACCUGGUGCUAGCGAGGACGAGAUCAUGGCAUAUGCUACCAUGCUGAGUGAAGAAGCAGCGCAAGCCGAUGAAGUCCGACGUAAAAGCACAAGCGAGAGCAGUGAGGCUGUAUCUGAACCCGAGCCCCCGUCAGCCCAUCCUCUUCACAAUAAUGAGGACAUAGCCCAAGCCAUUCGACUAAGCUUGCAGGAUCCAAUGGCAAUGUCCAGUGCAGGCUCUUCGGAUGUAUCAGUCAAAUACAGCAAAUUAAGGCCUGUCACAUCUCGGCCAACUGUCAAGCCAUCUUCCAGUGAUGCUGAAAUUGACGAUGACCUCCAGUAUGCACUUCAACUCAGCCUAGCCGAGAAGGAAAGUAAAAGCCAGACUGGCAAAGGCAAAGAUCGAGAGUCGUGA